AUGUCUCUGUUGACCCCGGCCAUCUCGCUUCCCGGCCUCAAACAACCUCGCUGCUUAGACGCCGACAUCGACAAUUGUAAGAAGCCCAUUACAAUGCAACUCGCCGUCUUCUGCGGUGCGCUGUACGUGCUGGCGGUCGGGACCGGCGAGACCAAGCCCAACAUCUCAAUGAUUGGCACGGACCAGUUCGACAACUUCGGCCCGAGGGAGAAGGCCCGCAAGCACUCCUUCAAGUGGACACCGUGCUGGGCCCUCUGGUGCGGGUUCCUGACCCUCGGGCUCGCGAUCUUGAUAGCGGUCUUCCUCGCUGGGACCCCUUUCUACUGCCACCGGGUGCCUGCGGGCAGCCUGCUCACGAGGAUGGCGCGGGUCAUCGUGGCCCCCCGAGGAAGUGGAGGGAGCCGGGGUCCCGAGUGA